UAACCGCAAAGUCAAGUCUUUGGGCUCUGGAUUAUUUUUUAUUUUAUUUGUAUGCCGAUAUAUUCUUUUUUUUUUUGACAUGCCUAACCGACGGCUUAGGUCUGUGGCUUAACCCAAAUUAAUAAAAAUUUGGCAACAUCAAGUGGAUUUGAGCAUAUGUUGGAAACUUUGCUAAUAUCCACCCAUAAAUGAACCUUUUAGCUGGAAGUUUAUUAGGUUCGGGUUACUACUUAUGUAAAUUUGUUUCUGCGGCAAAACUAAACUGGCUUAAAAGGGUCUGACUAGCAACUUGCCAGUGAAAUUAGAAAACUUGCUAAAUAAUUCAGUUUAGUUGGGGCUGUCAGACCGCAGUAGCAGUCGAACAGAAACCUUUUAGGCCACACUCUCUGAGUAUGAGUUAAAUAAACCAUUUCCAUUCUCAAUCUGUUUUUUCCUUCAGACCACGGAACACUGUAAGCCGGAUGAGCACUGCAUACCGAAUGUCCUGACAUGGCGUGGUGAGGCGGAAAUCCAGUCUGGCGACAUUUUAAUUGUGGAAAUCAAUGAUGCCAUGUUAAAUCCAUCGCAUGAGCCCAACAACACAAGCAGCGCGGUACAUGCCACACAGGUGUAUCAGGUAACUCGUUCCGGCCACGAACACUGCGAUGUUACCGAGGGCGUCCUGUUGGAUAUCACGCCGCUGGUGGUCGAUGGCAGGAAGCUGGUUACACUGUACGAUAAGGACCUCACCGAGGGAGUUAACUUGCUAAUUGUGGUGUCCGAGCUGUGGGGAGCACAGUGUGUGCGCCUAAAGGUGACCACGAAAACCGACAAUUGUGGCGAGAACGCCGAUUGUUCCGGCAAGGGAGUAUGCUACUCGAAUUCUGGAAUGGAGGAGUAUGAAUGCCAGUGCUGCAGUGGAUUCGCUGGACCGCAUUGCGAGGAGAUAGAUGCCUGCAAUCCGAGUCCCUGCACCAACAACGGCAUCUGUGUGGACUUGUCGCAGGGUCACGAGGGCAACUCGUAUCAGUGUUUGUGUCCUUAUGGAUAUGCGGGCAAGAACUGUCAAUACGAGUCGGAUCCCUGCAAUCCCGCCGAGUGCAUGAACGGCGGCAGCUGUGCUGGUAACUCCACGCACUUUCGUUGCGAUUGUGCGCCCGGGUUCACGGGACCUCUGUGCCAGCACAGUCUGAACGAAUGCGAGUCGUCGCCGUGUGUUCACGGCAUCUGCGUCGACCAGGAGGACGGUUUCCGUUGCUUCUGUCAGCCAGGAUUCGCCGGGGAGCUGUGCAACUUCGAGUAUAAUGAAUGCGAAUCGAAUCCGUGUCAGAAUGGCGGCGAGUGCAUCGAUCACAUUGGCAGCUACGAGUGCCGCUGCACGAAGGGCUACAGCGGCAACCGUUGCCAAAUUAAGGUUGAUUUCUGCGCCAACAAGCCUUGCCCCGAAGGACAUCGCUGUAUUGAUCAUGGAAAUGAUUUCAGCUGCGAAUGCCCAGGAGGUCGCAACGGACCGGAUUGUAAUCAAAUGCCACGAACGUACUUUCAGCAAUGCAACAUGAAUCCCUGCACCCAUGGCGGCACUUGUUGGUCCAGCGGCGAGAGUUUUUACUGCGCCUGUCGACCCGGAUACACGGGAAACAUGUGCGAAGAUGAGUUUGUGGUGGAGACGGUCGUUAGUUCCAGCGAAUUUAUUGUGGACGAUGCGAACGCUAGAAAUUUUAAUGACAAAACUUUCGGUUCAUCGGUUGUGCUUAAGAGUCCCAUUGAAUUGCAUAAUGCAUAUUUUGCGGCCGGAGUCCUGGCAGCCGCCAUUUUCAUCGUUGCCGUUGUGGUCACCAUUUGUCACUGCAAGGUCAAUCAGACGUAUCGGAAAUUCUCGACACGUUCCACCUCGUUUAUACCCAUACUGGGCUUUAGUCGUCGCCCCAAAAUGCAGGGCAAACUCAACAAACAUUGGCUGAGCGGCAAAGGGGCAGCCACUGCGACUAGCAGUACCAAUAAUGUGGCGCCACCGGGUGGCCCAAGGGUCGGGGCGCAACAACAGCAGCAGCAGCAGCAGCAGGGAACACGGCAUUUGCCAGGACAACCACAGACGCAGACCACGCUGGGUGGCCAGUUGCAGGAACGACCUUUCCAACGGCAUCUGGCCAUGAAUCUGGAGAACGAUAUGUACUACACGGUGGACUUUAGCGAGAAUUCACAGCACUCGCCGUUGAUACAGUGAGACUUGGAUAGCACUGGCAGCGGCAGUGGCAGUGGCGGAUGGUUAGUCAAAUUCACCCCAAACAAGGAGGAGUGAUUGGGUUAAGAAGAAAACAUUAGGGUUGGGUUCAGGGGUGAUUGUGUAAUUAUCUUUGAUGCUACUCGUUGAAUAUUCCAAAUAUUGAACAGUAUUCGAUAAUAAUAAACUAAAGAGAGGUGUGUGUGAAUUAACUUAAUGAUUAUGAUUAUGAUUCUAAUUCUGAUUCUGGCUAAUGCAAACACAAAUAUAUGUAUGUAUGGUUAAUACAUGUAUCUCUGGCAUAAAUAGGCUUAGCAAACUUGUUUACCAAGGUUUAUUUUGGCUAAGCACACAUACAAGAUACACACACACACAGAAAGGAUAAUGUUUAAUUAUAAAAUAGAAUGAAAGGAAGGUAGAUCAUCUGGUAUUAUGUAAAUGUUUAAGAGGCCUAAGUUUAUGAUGUAUGAAUUUUGCAGAAAUUUCCAAGGAAACCUUAAUUGGUGUUGGAUUUCCCAUGUAAAAUCGUUACAUGUUCUGGUCAGAAGUAGCAGAUAUGACUGACUCUAUCUUGUGGCCAUAAAAUAUUCACAAAAUUUAUUAUGCAAAUGGCUUUAAACUCAACUUUAUAGGUGUUCAUUUGCAUAUGGACAUUUCAAAGAGAUUAAAUGGAAAAGGUUUUCCUGUAAUUUGAGUUGUCCUUGGAAAAUUCAAAAUUUUCAAACUUGCAGCUUCAAAGAGUGAGUCAAACUAAUUAUGUUGGCCAGUUCAAAUAUAUAUACACGAAUAUGGAACUCUAAUGAGCAACAGAAAAUAGAAUUUGAUAGCAUUUAAUAAAGCUUGGCUCUCACCGCAUUUUCAUUGGCAAAUGUUUGCAAUUAGUUAAAUAAUAAUAAAGCGAAAACGGAAUUCAAUUGUGUGCGUUGCCUUGCCGAUGAAAUCAAUUUUGCCUCGAAUGUGUCGCAAAUAUUGGAAUUAUAUAAACUAAUUUCAGAAAUUUCUGUUUAGUUUAGUUUUAAUUAAUUUUGCCUUACCAAUGAAUUGUGUUUUGAGUGGGAAUGAGAGGGGGUGAUUUAAAUUGAAUUUGGUCAGGGCAGAUAUCAGAGAUUAUUGCUGCUGCAGCUGCCCCCAAUGUCUGACCGCAGUUGAGAGUUGUUAGUUGUUAGUGAAAAAUAAUUAGCAUAAAUUAAAAUUGUAGCCACAAAAGUUAAUAUGUUUUUUGUGCAUAAAUAAUAUUUAUUUUGAAAUUAUUUCGGUAAAUGAACGUGUGGCGGUGUGUGUGUCCCCGUGUGCUGGCCACAUUUAGCAUAUUGCUGUUGAAAUGUAAACAUAAAAUGCUGAUCAAAUUGCCAAAAAAAGGUCGGCACAUAAGUUCAGCUCAAAGGCGAUUCAAAUCAAAUGAAAAACCAAAAGAAAACAAAAAAACAGAAAACGUAAGUGAAGUAAAUUGAGACUUGAGGCAUUCAUUUUUGCAUCAAUAAUAGAUUUUCGUGCAAUUUGAUAUGCAGAGAAAAAUGAGAUUGUAAUUAAAGCGCUAUAUUAAGUAAUUAAUAACGAUAAACUGAUGCAAACCAAAACGAAAUGAAAAACAAAUAAUAUUUAAAAUUAAUGACAAGCCUUAGCCUAAGGAGAAAGACAAACACACAAACACAGACACAGAGAGAGCAAAGCCAAUAAAAGUAAUGUAAUGAGAGUAAAAAACAAAAAUAAAAAUAAUAACAAUUUAACCUAUGGCAAGACACUUGGCGUUUUGGGCAAUUACAAUUUAAUUUUUAAGCCAAUCAGCAAAAUAAAGUGGAAAAUCCAUCGAA